AUGGUACGCCACAAGAAAAACGGAUUCUCAUCCAAGCCCGGCAGGAAGAACAAUAACAAUGCUCCCAGAACAGGGGUUGUUUGCGACGGCAAAGGCCCUUCCCACACCUCAUUCAAGGCUGCUUGUUGGGACCUUGGACACUGCGAUCCUAAACGAUGCUCUGGAAAGAAACUUAUGAGGUUAGGCUUAAUGAGUGAUCUUCGCAUUGGACAGAAGCAUGCUGGAAUUGUCGUUAGCCCGAAUGCUAAAAAUCUCAUUUCACCAGCUGAUCGACAGAUUAUUGAACAAUUUGGUGUUGCUGUCGUCGAAUGCUCCUGGGCUCGAACUACAGAGGUACCUUGGACAAAGAUUGGUGGAAAAAAUGAACGACUGUUACCAUAUUUAGUAGCGGCCAACAACGUAAACUAUGGGAAACCCUGGCACUUAAACUGCGCAGAAGCCCUAGGAGCUGCAUUCUAUAUUUGUGGACAUACUGAAUGGGCUGAAGAGAUACUGGGCCAUUUCCCAUACGGCAAAGCGUUCCUAGAGAUCAACGCUUCGAUUUUAAAACGGUACGCGGCUUGCACUGAUGAGAUAGGCAUUAAGAAUGCCGAAAAGGCAUGGAUGUCAAAACUUGAAAAAGAAUAUACAGAACAAAGAGAGGGUGAUGAACUCAAAGAUAUGUGGGAAGGUGGAAACUUAAAUCAUAGAGCAGCGUUCAGCUCUGAUGAAGAUUAUGAUGAAGAUAAGGAUGAUGACGAUGACGAUGAUAACGAUAAAGAUGAGAUUGAUGGAAUAUUCUUGGGUCAGGAAAAAGUUAAAGCAGCUCCUAAUUACCAAGAUAGCUACGGAAGCAAAUCGGAAGAAGUACAGCUGGAUAAAGAUACAUCCUCCGACGAUGAAGAAGAAAUGGCUGAACUCCGACGAAGAGUACUAGCUUCAAAAUCGUUUUCUAAUCCUCUCACUCUUGGACAGAAAAAGCAACCCGAGAAGAUAUCUCGUCCAGUGUCGAGUAAACACUUGGAAAAAAAGCCUGACUCAGACAAUGAAAACGAUGAUCAUGAUGACGAUGAGUUUGAUAAUCUUUAUGAAGCUUCUCUUGUCAUGGGUCGCCCAGGAAAGCAGAUUUCAGGAAGAAAAGAGCAACCAGCCAGUGUAAGUUUCUCGAAAACUAUCACUAGGAUGUCUAGAAAGUUAUAG